UUACACAACAUGUCCGAAACUGCGGCCCGCAGAUGUUUUUGAUCAGCCGCAAGGGCGGAACUCUGCUGGCCAUCAACAACUUCCUCUAUCGCUCCAAUCUCAAGUUCUUUGGCAAGAACAACAACAUUCUCUACUGGGAGUGCGUACAAAAUCGUUCAGUUAAGUGCCGCAGCCGCUUGAAGACCGUGGGCGAUGAUCUCUUUGUAACGAACGAUAUCCACAAUCAUAUGGGCGACAAUAUGCGCAUUGAGGCUGCCAUGGUUUCUGGGAUGCUGAUCCACAAAAAACUUAGUUCCCUCACCUACGCUGACCGAACGCAGGGCUCGUGGAAGAUUGAAGACGAAGCCACACCCGACCAGUAACCAUGUCCAUGUCCGUUUUAGACAUUCCCUUAUCGUCCGACAUCAACUAGAAUUAAGUUAUUGUCUCCUCUAUGUUUCUUCUGAUUUAGACUGAGUGUACUAUUUAGGAGGAUAAGUAAGUACCUUUUGCAUGUGGUUGGAACCAACAGUGUUUUGUCCUCCCCUCCCCCCCAAAUAGUCUGGUCCUGGGUGUUGAGUAUUUAUUCCAGUAUAUGGCAGUGGUCGUCACAACC